UUCUCUUUAGUGUUUGCCAAUGUUGGAGGUGUAACUGGGGUCGGGCCCUGGACUAAGGUAAAUUAUUACAAUUAAAAUGUAAGACAUUUCAUCGUGGAGUUAGGCUCUGGCUUGUAAACAAAGUCACGGUGCUGACAGCUACACAGACGUACUCAAGACCCCGAGUGUUUCGUUCAGAGGUGAAGGGGGGUGUUUAUUCGUUCAGCCAUGAUGUCUGCACAUAACCCCAGUCGAGUUCAAAACCGGCUAGAGAGCAUGGCUCAAGUGAAAGUGCAGACCUCAGCCCCCCUGCCUGGGCCCGGCCUGUCUCCUGUGGUGCCCCCUGUGGUCCUGCCCAGCUCAGGAGCUCUGGGUCUGCAGUCCACCAUCAACGGCACAGUGCCAGCCACGACGCCCGCCUGCUCCAGUUCUGCCGCUGGCUUUGUGGACUCCACUGUACCUGCCAUCCCUCCAGGACCUCCCCAGGAUAACAUGGCAAACCCUAAAGAGAAAACUCCCAUGUGUCUGGUGAAUGAGUUAGCCCGUUUCAACAGGAUUCAACCACAGUAUAAGUUGGUGAAUGAGCGGGGGCCUGCCCAUGCUAAGAUCUUCACUGUGCAGCUGUGUUUGGGGGAGCAGUUUUGGGAGGCCGAAGGCAGCAGCAUUAAGAAGGCCCAGCACUCUACAGCCACCAAAGCGCUGUCGGAGAGCACGCUGCCCAGACCACCACCCCGCUCCCCUAAAGCCGACACCAACAGCAAUCCAGGCAGCAUCACCCCUACAGUGGAGCUCAACGGCUUGGCAAUGAAGAGAGGGGAGCCCGCCAUAUACAGACCUCUGGAGCCCAAACCCAUCCCCAAUUACAGAGCCAACUACAACUUCAGAGGAAUGUUCAACCAGAGGUACCAUUACCCAGUGCCUAAGGUAUUUUAUGUACAGUUGACAGUUGGGCACAACGAGUUUAUCGGCGAGGGUCGUACUCGGCAGGCAGCACGACACAACGCUGCGAUGAAAGCACUUCAAGCGCUGCGGAACGAGCCCAUUCCAGAGAGACCACCUCAGGGUCCAGAGGAAAAGAAGGGUUUGGAAGAGAACACAGAUGCCAACAAAUCAGAGAUUAGCCUGGUCUAUGAGAUUGCACUCAAACGCAACCUUCCUGUAAACUUUGAGGUGCUGAAAGAGAGUGGUCCUCCUCACAUGAAGAGCUUCCUGACGCGUGUAACUGUGGGUGAAUUCUCUGCUGAGGGCGAGGGCAACAGUAAGAAGUUGUCCAAGAAGAGAGCUGCCUUCUCCAUCCUACAGGAACUCAAGAAACUGCCAUUCCUUCCAGUGGUGGAAAAACCCAAAAUGCAUUACAAGAAACGCCCUAAGUCCAUAUUAAAGACAGGGCCUGAGUACGGGCAGGGCAUGAACCCCAUCAGCAGACUGGCUCAGAUCCAGCAGGCCAAGAAGGAAAAGGAGCCAGAGUACAUCCUGCUGUCAGAAAGAGGAAUGCCUCGCCGCCGAGAGUUCAUUAUGCAGGUGAAGGUGGCUAACGAGGUGACCACAGGCAGUGGACCCAAUAAGAAAGUAGCCAAGCGUGCAGCAGCUGAAGCCAUGCUACUGCAGUUGGGCUUCAAGGCCUCCGUCCCCCUGCAGAGCCCACCAGACAAGCCACAAAUGGAUAACAAAGGCUGGAAUGGACAAAGGGCAGCCUUCCCUGAAGCUCCUAGUAACACACAGAAGGGAAUUCUCCAUCUCUCUCCAGACAUGUACCAGGAGAUGGAGGCCAGCAGGAAUAAGGGAGGCCCGGGAGCCUCUGUCAGCUACCUAAGCCCUAAAGACCUCAGCCAAGUCGGAGGCCCCUACUACAGCACUGCAGUGGGCAGCACAGCUACUAUCGCCCGGGAGCUCCUGCUAGGGGGGAGCUCGCCCACGGCUGAGACCCUGAAGGGCAAAGUGCCCAUUCUGGCCUGCGGCUCAGUACACCCUACCCAGCAGCUAGAGUACCUGGCCCGCAUUCAGGGCUUUCAGGUGCAGUACACAGAUAGGCAGACAGACAAAGAUUUCCUGACCUAUCUCACCCUGUCACCUGUACACAUGACGUUUAGUGGCAGUGCCAACUCCAUCCAAGCCAGCCAUGACCAGGCUGCUCUCAGUGCCUUGAAACAGCUGUCAGAACAAGGCCUGGAUCCAGUGGACACAGCCGUCAAGGUAGAGAAUGGAUCAUGUGAAAUACAGGCGAAGCUCCUGACCGAGAGGGCUGACGGUAAACAGACUAACUCAGGCACCACUGCUCAGGACUGCAAGGAUCCAAAAGUCGUCGUCUAGGAGCUGAAGCCUGUGUCACACCUCUGCAGCAGAGCCCUGGCGACAGCUGCUGCAUCCUUCCACACACGCCAACAUGCAAUAGGGUGGAUGUGUCCCAGGAAAAAAUGAUGGAUUUAGGGAGGAAAAAACAUUCUUUCAGUCUAUGUGAAGACAACACUAUCUUAACACGACAUUUAUUUACUAUGGAGAAAUUAACUAUUAAAAGAAGCAAGCAAGCAAGUAUCUAUAUAAAAGACUAAUCUGUAAUGAUUUUUUGCAUGGUACUGUUGACUUCAAGGGAAAUUUAACUGACUAUAUAGAGCAAUUCCCUAAUUGAUAGAUGUUUUGAUUUUUAUUUUCACUAGUCUCCAAGUGGUAUGGAUAAAACAGAUGUAUAUCAUGCCAUUGAUACAAAAAAUAUUAUUGGGGGAAAAACCUUCUGUAGUUUAUUUUGGGAAGAGUACAUUGUUUUCUUUUUUUUCCUCUUAAUCUAUGAAUAACAGUGCUUGAGUAUUUAAAGAUUAACCAAUGGCAGUGCUGUGAAAGUUGUAGUUGUUGUCUUCAUAUAUAUUCACCCAGCUUUAUCUUUUAUGCUGACAUAAAGCAUUCAUUUAUCUAUAUGGAUGUGUAUGACUUGCAGAGUAUCAAAUGCAGAAGAAAAAAAACCCAAAAGGAUAAAACUGGUGUUAGAACAAAGCAGUAUUGGCUGCAGGAGACUGAAAGAAAUCUGAAGGAAAUCUGCAUUCCCCCAACCAGGGGAAACGGAGGCUUUGGGAGCGCCCACCAGCUGCCCUGCCCUCUGACAUGAUGUUCCCUGAAAACAGAAUUCCAGAAAGUCUGGCGAUGGGAAUGUGGUCUGUUAUUCUGGACCAGUCAAGGCCAUUAGGUUCUCCAGGGUAGGCUUCUCUGCUCCUGACCCGGAAGCUGGGCUGCUAGAAUGAUGGCUAGUGCUUUCUGGUAAUUCUGUUUCUGUGGUUCUUCUCCUUCCAGUUUUGUCCAACACAUCUACACCCAUGUUUGUGUGUUGUAUUGAUGCAUCAACUGAGUGCUUUUAAUAACUGCAUUCUGGAAAAGCUUUGAAAAGAGAGCCUGUUGUCUGAAAGCAGGUUCUCUUUCCAAAUUACAUGACACAAUGAAAUAAGUAUUAAUUACUUGAAUCUGUUUUGGUCACUUUCCCAGGAGGGCAUUUUUCUCUCUGUGAAUGCAUAGUGUGAAUGGAUAGUGUGAUAAAAGUUUCAGUUUCAGAACUGCAGUAAAAUCACAUCAGUUCUUGUUGAAAAAAAGUGUUGUGUUGUUUCUUUCACUCUUUAUUAAGUAUAGAGCAGAAUUUCAUCACCCUGGAGAAUCGAGGGGGAUCCAGUGCUCUCCCUUGGGGAAGUGUGAUUCAAAUACAAAAUAGUCAUUUUAUUCUAGCAAAAAUCUAAUAAACAAUCGUAAUGAGG